UUCUGCACGUAUGCCUAAUCGGAGCUGUUGCAGUGAAGAUCUGGAAAGUCCACCGCGGUUGUCUGCUCGAAGUUAUACUGAAGCCAGCAGAAAUGAUGAAUGGAUUCAGCAUCAACAAAAUGCAACCGAGGUCUCAGACAGAAGGAUUUCACAAACUCAAACACUCUUCACCAAAAUCAAACUCAAAAAUGAACUCUUCCUACAAAGAAAACAGCCACUUUUACAAUUCAGAUUUAUCCCUGAACAAUGGGUCCAUGGGUCUGCAGUCUCCAAUUAGGAGUAGGACCAAUACCCCGAAUUCAAGUUUUUUAUCCUUGAGUUUUCUGAAUGCAGUUCCGAGUAGCGGAAGUUUUGUCAGAAGGAGACUGGGACCAGAGGCGGGAAACCCACUUCCUCGAGUGACACGGGUUCACCCUCAUGUGGCAAGUCCUGCUAGUGUUGACAGACCCAGUGUGACCGCACCCUAUUCAGGGAGAUCUACAUUAUUCGAGUCUGUAUGUUCGCCGGUGCCGGAGACAACAUACCCGGGGCUAGGUGUACCCACAGUGCAUCUGAAGCCAUAUCAGAAGCCACUGUUAAACUUGAGCCGUGUAGCCGAGAUGAAUGAGAAGAGGUGCACUGUGAGGAUAGCUAGCCCCAAUCCCGGGGUUUCUCCAUGGAGUCAUUCUAUCUCAAAGAAAAGAAGAGGAAAUCUAUAUCCAGUCACAGCAGGGCCAGCACUCCGGCCAGCUUGGACAGAAGUUCUAAAGAUUCAGACAGUGCAAUAG